AUGGAAGUGCAUCACAACAGACAAGGUUGGUCUUUUUUCUUCUAUCUCUGCAUGUGUGGGGCAAUAUGUGAGUCCUUCCACUAUUCAGUGCCUGAGGAAAGGAAAAGUGGGUCUUUGGUGGCAAAUGUAUUAAAGGAUUUGAAAGUGGAUGUGAAGGAGCUGUCUGCCCGUGGGGCCCGGCUGGUUUCUAAAAGUACCAAGCAAUAUUUCCAGCUGGAUCCUCACUCUGGGAAUGUCUUAUUAAAGGACAAAAUAGAUCGAGAGUCUCUGUGUGGUCAGAAGGACCCUUGCGUCUUACUCUCAGAGAUUCUGCUGGAAAACCCAUUGGAGGUGCACAGAAUUGAAGUUGAAAUAGAGGAUGUGAAUGACAAUUCACCCCAGUUCUCUAAGAAGGAAUUCCUUUUUGAAAUACCUGAGCAGGUACCAACAAAUACCAGAUUCCCUUUAGAGACAGCGCAGGAUUCAGACAAAGGAGAAAAUGCUGUUCAGAACCACACCCUUAGUCCUAACGACCAUUUUAGGUUGGAUGUGCAAAGUCACCGUGAUGGCACCAACUAUGCAGAGUUAGUAUUGCAAAAACAAUUAGACCGUGAAGAGAAUGCACAACUCUUCCUCAUUCUGUCAGCUGUUGAUGGAGGGAACCCAAAGAGAACCGGCACAGCAAAUAUUGUCAUUCAUGUUCUAGAUGCCAAUGAUAAUUUCCCUCAGUUUGAUGAUUCUGUGUAUAAAGUGAAAUUGAAGGAAAAUGCCCCCAGAGGGACACUUGUGAAUAAAGUCGAAGCAACUGAUAGGGAUUUUGGUUCCAAUGCAGCUGUCACGUAUUCCUUCAGUCAGGUGUCAGAAAAUGUGCUCAAAGCAUUCAGUCUAAACAAACAUACUGGGGAACUUACUGUUGCAGGAACUGUUGAUUAUGAAGAGGAGAGAAAUUAUGCAAUAAAUAUCAAAGCCACUGAUGGAGGGGGGCUCUCUGCUUACUGCAAAGUUAUAGUGGAGGUUGAGGACAGCAAUGACAAUGCCCCAGAGGUGACCCUCACAUCCAUCACCAGCCCCUUGCCUGAAGAUUCACCUCCAGAUACUGUUGUGGCUCUCUUCAGCGUCACAGACCAAGAUUCUGGAGACAAUGGCAGAACUGCUUGCACCACUGAGACAAACCUGCCCUUCAUGCUUAAAGCCUCUGAGAAUGACUACUACCAGCUGGUAACCCAGCAGGCCCUGGACCGAGAAAGAGCUCUGGAGUACAACAUCACCCUUACUGCGACAGACUGGGGCUCGCCCAGGCUUACUUCAACAAGAAUAAUUAAUGUUCAGAUCUCUGAUGUCAAUGAUAAUGCUCCAGUAUUUGAAAAGUCGUUGUAUGAUAUGCACUUAAACGAAAAUAAUAUUCCAGGUCUCCUCAUGGGUCUGGUCCAAGCUAAGGACCUGGACACAGCACAGAAUUCCAAAGUGACCUAUUCUCUUUUGCCUGGGAAGGUCAUUGAUCAACCUGUGUCCUCUUACGUCUCCAUCAACUCUGAAACUGGGAAUCUGUAUGCCAUCCGAUCAGUCGACUAUGAGCAGGUGAAAGAUUUCCAAGUGAUCGUGAGGGCUGUGGACAGUGGUUCUCCUCCCCUGAGCUCUGAAGUUAUGGUCCGAGUCCUGAUCAUUGAUGAAAACGAUAAUGCCCCAUUCAUCCUCUACCCUCUCCAGAAUGGCACUUCCCCAUCCAAUGACCUGGUUCCCAGGGGGGCUGAGGCUGGCUAUCUGGUUACCAAGGUGGUGGCAGUGGACAGAGAUUCUGGUCAGAACUCCUGGCUUUCCUAUGAGCUCCUGAAGGCCACAGAACCAGGUCUGUUUAGUGUGGGGGUCCAGAAUGGAGAAGUGAAAACCUUGAGGUCCAUUAACAAACGAGACACCUUCAAACAGAAACUGAUCAUUGGAGUCAGAGACAAUGGGCAUCCUCCCCAGUCCACCUCUGCAACACUAAGCAUUCUUCUAGUGGAUGGCUUUUCUGACCCAUAUAUGAAAAUGGUAGAUAUCCCAAAGGAAGAAAUUAUGGAGAAAGAAGACCGUACCCUGACGAUGUAUCUGGUCAUAUGCUUGGCUGUCAUCUCCUGUAUUUUUCUGGUUUCUCUGUUGGUGUUUGUUGCCGUCAAGGUUCAGAAAAGGAGCAAAAAGGAGAGCUCCGCCCUAAAUUUCCCAGUGGGACCGAAUUUCCCAGAGAACUGUGGAGAUGCUGAUGCUGGAUCCCUUUCCCGGGCUUACAACUAUGAGGUGUGCUUAGCUGGUGGGUCUCUGAACAGCGAGUUCAGGUUUCUCAGGCCUUUCUUUCCUGUGUUUUCUGUGGAGCCACCUCACAACAAAGUGGAAUCAAUGAUUUCAUCUGCUUCUCAGGAAAUUCCCAGCCAUGCAGUAGAAGGUCAACUCAUGAACCAG